AUGCUGCAGCAGCUCGCGGCGCUCGCGCUUGCAUUCGCCCAAGCGCCGGGCAGGCCCGACGGGCGGCCGUACGAGGUGGUGAUCGCCGGAGGCGGCAUCGGCGGCCUCUGCACCGCGCUCGUGCUCCAGAAUCUGGGCUGCCGCGUGCGCGUCUUUGAGAAGACGUCGCGCUACCGCCCGUUUGGCGGGCCGAUCCAGAUCGCGUCCAACGCGGCCGAGUCGAUCCGGCGGAUCGACGAGGCGACGUACGAGAAGAUCCUCGCGCGCGCCACGGUCAUCGGCGACCGCACCAACGGACUCAAGGACGGCAAGUCGAAUGAGUGGUUUGCGACGUUCGACCUCGACUCGCCCGACAGCGACUUAUCCGCCAAGACCGACUCCAUUCCGCGCGCGCUCCGCCGGUACAACAACAACCGCGUCCUGCGCGCCGCCGCCGUGCAGGGCCUCAGCCGCAUCUCGUCCGCCUUUCUCUUCCAGUACCAGCCGCCGCUCGACCUGCAGUGGGGCCUGCCGCCCCGCCUCGCAAACGUGGCCUUCCCGCUGCAGUUCGAGUUCCUCUUCUCCUUCCCUGGCGAGAUCAACCCCGAGAUCUUCGCCGAGGGGACGCCUGGCGACUUUGGCACUUGGCAGGCGGCGGAGACGGCCAGCGCCGCAGGCCGGCCGGCGGAGGGGCCUCGGCAACGGGGCCAGCCGGAGCGGGAGCUAAUCUCCAAGGAGAAGAGUUUGGGCGAGUGGCUCUCGCAGUACUGGUAG